AUGUCCCUCGAAAACGAGGGCAACGGAGCAACUGACGAUGGGACCGAAGACCAUCAGCAAGCAACAAAACGCUCCGAGCGAAAGCGUCAAAGAGAAAAGCAACGACGGAGCGACUUGUCAAGUGCGUUUGAUGAAUUAGCCGCCUUCAUAGUUCAGGUUGAUCCAGAAAGUGGGGAUCUAGAUGCAGAUGCUAAGAAGAAGCGCAAGAAGUCGGACGGGGGAGAGGAUGCAUCAGGCAUCACACGAUUGGAGUUGAUAGGUCGGGCAUUGCGCAUGAUGAGGAGACUGCACAGUGAAAAUGAAGAACGGAAACGGAUAAUUGCGAGCUUUCAAGAGAAAGGCGGCGCCCCACCGAAUGACAAUGUUUUGGUGAUGGUGCCGACUUUGACGCCUACAACGGAGGAGCCAUAUCCAGUUGCUCGUGCUCAGUAUCCGCCAUAUGCUGGGUAUCCGCCACACUACUACCACGGAAGUCAUCCCCAACAUCCUGUUGCAGAUUACGGUCAGCAAAUACCUGGUAGAGGGCCUUCACCACAAUACCAUCCACAAUGGGGAGGCUAUCACGGUCGGGGUGCACCACCGGGAAUGAAUCCACAUAAUGGACCUCCACCUCCCUAUGGAGUUCAGCAUCGAAUGGCGGCUCAAGAGCAUCCACCCUACUCAGGUCCACCUAGAACUGACCCUCCCGGAGGAGCAGAUCCAAGGGCAAAGACUACGUAA